AUGUCAUCAGUCGGUACUGAGCUCCUGGGCCUCGAAAAUAAGAUCAAAAAGUAAGAUUUUUUACAGUGUACUCGGUAUAUUACUUUACCCAAACAUAGACAUGAGCAACGGGCCGGGCCUAAAUUUUAGACCCGGCCCGUUUUUGAUUUUGGUCAGGCCCGGCCCGGCCCGAUCAGAAAAAUUCUAGGCCCGGCCCGGCCCGUUUUAAAAAAUUUUAAAACUUAAAAACUAAAGGGAAAUUUGGCUUUAAAUUGUUUUUUAGGUCAUGUAUGGAUCAUAGAAUCCAAUAAAAUCGAAAAACAUAAACGGGAAUUGAAAUAAAAAAUUUUAAAAAAUUAAAAAUUUUUUUUUCGGGCCCGAGCCCAAUUUUCAAGCCCGGCCCGUUUUCGAUUUUGCUCAGGCCCGGCCCGGCCGUUGCUCAUGUCUACCCAAACAAUUUAUUUUUUAAACAAAUUUAAAAACUUUUGAAAUUUUUUUCGGUAUUGAAUUGGACCAAAAGGUUGUGGAAGAUAGGACCAUUUCAAGUUUUGUCAUUACUUUAACUUUUCUCCAUUUUCAACUUUUCUACAAACUUCUUGACCGUUUUAGUGAAACUUUUACCAUUUAGAGAGUUGAACCCUCGAAUCGACGCAUUCAAGUUUUACGGAAUUCUGGAGAAGUACUACGACCGUGACAAUGCCCCAUCUCAGGAGUACCAUUUGGUCGAAGACAAACGAUUCAAAUGGCAAGUUGGCCUUCGGAUCAACGACCUCACUGACGAAAGUAUUGUACAGCACGUGGUAGGUCCAAGUGUCUAAAAUUAUUUUUUUAAAUGUUUUGCUAAUUCAAAGCGAAAUUUCAAUAUUAUACUGCAUCCGAACACUUACUUCAGCUAUUUGUUACCUAAAAACAGAAAAAAAACUAAAAUAAUGUUACCAUUCCUUGUAAUUUUUCCGGUAUUUGACUCGCAGAAACAUUCUGAAAAUUGAAAAACAAGUAAAUAAAAGAAUAGGUAAUAAAAAACUGAAAAUAUUUAAAAAAUCAAUUUACAAAUCAAGGAAGAUCAUAGUAUGAUUUAUCCAUGAGAAUAUGAAUAGAAAAGACUGACACAGAACGAUCAAAAAAUUAUUUUUCUAAAUUUGACAUUUCGUUUUCGAAUUUUCAUUUACAGCAAAGCUAAUUAUUGUGCAGCAAUUUUUUUUCAGCUGAAAGAAGUUGGGAUUUUGGAGAAAUUGGAGUUACACAAAAGGAUUCUGAAUCUUCUGGGCAUCUUCAGACACCGCCAGUAUGUUGGUCUGGUCUUCCCCGCCUUUCUUACGCUCAAGGAGAAGAUGGAAGCCAGAAAGGUGUAAGUUUUUAAUUUUUUGUAAACUUCCUGACCAACCUACUACUUACACUUUUACCGACAAUCGAUUAUAGUAGACAUAACAUGUAAAUUUGAAUUUGUAUUUAGAAUCCAAGCAGAAACCAAACCCAACGCUCCAGCUCUGUUCCACCGUGAUUGUGUAGCCAUGGUGUUGAGACCAGUGAUCAAAGCCCUCAGAUACAUUCACUCUAAAGGCAUUGUACACACCCAACUCCAAGCAAUUAAUGUGUACAUGAACGAGAAGUGCUACGUCAAGUUGGGUGGAUUUGGUUAUGCCAGGUCUAUUGGCAGCAGGUAAGACAAUUUUUAACAACAAAGUUUAGUGUUUUUAUUUAAAAAUUGAGUUACUGCAAAAUUUUGUUGUAGUACUACUAUUAUUGGUACACAUAACUACGUAUAAUAGUCAAAAAAGAAAGCUCAGUACGCGAAUUGUCACCUCAGUAAUUGUCAGAGCCCAGUGCUCGCGUUAAAUCGUCAUAGCAGCCGAGCGGCCUCGAACCAGCGUGCUUUCGAGCCGAAAGCGAACGCUCUAUCCCCGUGGCUAUUCAAACAAACCUCUUUCUUUUCAGAAAUCGCGUUUUUAAUGCGGACUACAACCUGUACCCACCUGAGGUGUUACUCGAGGAAGGCGAGGUGACUGCCAAAUUCGAUUCUUGGGGUUUGGGAAUGUUGGCCAUUGAGGUUAUAUCGGGCAAACGCUACAAACACAGCCAGCCAAAUGCGAAAAAUAAUCUCCAUGACUUUGUAAGUCUGCUUUUUUAAUUUAUUUGAAAAGCUUUACUGUAACUAUAGUUGUGGAGUAAAUGUAUCUUUAAAAUAGGUUUAAAAAGCUUGUGUUUUCGUAGGUAUUUUUGUAAUCUUAAGAAGAAUUUUUAGCUGUCAGAGAGGGCAACCCCACCAACUUUGAAGGUCUUCGCUCCCAAGACAUACGAUUCUGAUGACAAAUGCAUAUACCACGAUGAUGUCGAAGAUUUCUUGUCUCAACUGUUGGAGGUAGAGCCACGUAGUCGUAUGGAUUUGGAGAAGGCUCGUGCUCAUCCAUUCGUCGGCAAUACUCUGGACAAGAAGCGAUGUGCCGAAGUGUGGAAAGGUGAGAUCGCAUAGUAAUGUUAUAGUAUGGUAAUGUAAUAGUCAUUCAUUUAUUUUUCCAUAAAAAUACAGAAGGUUAAACUUAGUAUCAACGUGUUUUAGUCAAAACGUUCUUUGUUAACGAAGCCGAGGCCGAACGGUCGCUGCGACACGAGAUGGAGAUGGUCAAAGGCGAUACUCACGACUUCAAAGCCGACUUUUUGAAGCGACUGGUAAGGUCUUCUCGAUUGGCAGCCAAAGAGUUUUAUCCUGUGUUUGAUGUCGAAAGCGACAAAUCCCUGAUGGAGGACUACUAUCUGGUACAGUUGACCAUUCCGAUUCCACCGAUGGAUGAAGGAUGGAGUCGCGACGUUCUGGACAUCUCCCAAGGACCAGACGGUAUGAACACGUCGGUCAAGGGUGAAGAAGGUGGUCCGAAGGUAGUGUUUUGUUAUUCUGAACAGUGUUGAGAGGGUGACUUGCGUUUUGAAGGGGUAGAUAAUUUUUUUUAAAUUUUUUAAAUUUUCAUUUUACAAAAUCUUUCUAUGAUAUGUUACAAAGAGCACAAUUUUCAGUACGUGAACAGAAACGAUCAGAUUUUCUUUGUGAAGAAGGAUUGGACUGAAGAAGAGCGACAAGUCUUUAUCGGACUACAGGUCUGCCGUUGGUAUCACCGUGGCUUCAUAGAGUAAGUUAUUGUUUUAAUCAUUUUAUAAAUAUACUUGUCUUUAAUAUUUAUAUACUAUACUAUAAGAAUUCAAAGAAUAUUUGUGUCAAAAACUGUUUCAAACACCUUAUCCUUCAGAUUCGGGGACGCCGUCAAGAUUGCUGAUGACAUUGACGACUUGUUCAACUUUUACAUUUCCGACUUUGGCAACAACGCCAAGACUGCCAAAGCUAGCGACAUCUACUUGUACACUCCGCUCAGGUUUGUUUAUACCAGAAGAACACCGUUGGUGGACAAAGAUCGAUCCAUCUACAACGCCUACAUCAACAUUGCUGUAGCGCCGGAGUCGAUGAAGUACCUCAAGAAGAAGUACGAUGACAUUGCGAACGUGGACAAGAGUACUAUUCCGGAAGGCCAGACGACCUUGCAUCAGUCUGUCAUCUAUAGAGAGCUGGAUCUGAAGAGAUUUAGAAGAAUGGAAGCCGCGGUUUUGGGCGAAGAAAAGGCGAAGCAGUGGGAAUCGAUGGCAUUUGAUGUUGAUGAACGCAGAAACACCAUUCUGUAAGUGACUAGAAGAGAAGAAGAGAAAUGUAGUUUUUUGUUAUUCUAUAGACGUUGUGCCAUGUAAAACGUAUAUAUUAUCUUUUAGGCCUCUUGUUUACGAAAGAAGAUGCAACAGAAAUGGUCAGUACAAGAGUGAUGCGGCUCAAGAUGAACUGGCUGAUGAACAUGAUCACGACUUUAACCAGAUCAGAACUGCCAAAAUCUGGAGCGAACUGGACAGAAAGUUCUUGGACGAAAAGUAUGGAGCUCAGUUGGAGGUAUGUUACAAUCAUCAUGUUCUUGAUUUAAAAUACAAUAGAAGUUAAGAAAAACUAAAAUACAACUUAACAAACUUUGACUACCUUUUUUGGAUCCACUAACCCUUGAACAAAUAUACUAUUUACUUGACUACUGUAAUAUUACAGCUACACCACCCAGACGCCAUCAAUCUGUUUGGUCAUCCGUUCGAGAAGACGCAAGUGGAGAAGACCUUGGAUGCGGAUCUCUACAGAGGCCAAGUGUACCAAACUGAAGACUACAUCAGUCCAUUUUCGGCCGCAGAUGCCGAGCGUGACGUCACCUGGGCCAAGGGCUACUACGCCACUACCACGCCGAGCAAGAGAAAGGCCAAGCCCGUGACUGGUCAGGCCGACAACUUUGACCAGAGCUUCGACGCCUCCCAACAUGUCAUGCCUAGUCCAGCCCCCAAAAUGAACCGUGCCAAACGUGCCCCCAACCCUUGA